AUGAAAGGAACUCCUCGGUCGGAGUUAUCGAUUUUGGGGGUCGUCUUCUUCCUCUACCCCCUCUCUCCCGGCCAUGUCCUUGCACGGCUCACUAUGGGCGCGCUGAAAUUGAACCUGCCCAGCUCUCCUUCAAUCCAAGUAUUCAAAAGGAAUCGGCAAAGGAAAUUGCUCUAUGCAGGGUUAUCGCUUGUGUUUAUCCUCGUGUUGUGGGGUACAUUAUUGAUAAGUUCUGGUGAACGGUAUGCUGGGUUGCAGGCGCUGCGUUCAGCAGACGGAUUAAGUCUGGCAACAAUCACAAACGAAACAUUAGGGUUUGAAAGGAUUUUCUGUAUCAACCUCCCCGGUCGACCUGAUAAACGGGAUGCAAUCACACUAGGCUCAUCAGUCACGCAGUUCCGCGUGGACUGGAUUGAUGGCGUAUCCUCUGAAGAUAUGAGCCCAAAGGCCUAUCCGCCACGAUAUGACGAGCCCGAUAGGCCUCGCAUGUUAGCCGGUGAAAUCGGCAGCUGGCGAGCACACCUAAACGCAAUGCAACGCAUCGUCUCAGAGCGCAUUACUAGUGCUCUAAUACUCGAAGACGACGUCGACUGGGAUGUGACUCUGAAAAACCAACUCCAAGAAUUUGCGCUCGGAACCCUAGCCCUCCAAGCCGAAUCCCACCCCAAGACCACGCCCUACGGGGACGACUGGGACAUCCUCUGGCUCGGCCACUGCGGAACAAAAUGCCAAAAGAAAACCCCUUUCUACAUACUAAAGAAUGACCCAACAUCUAUCCCCGUCUACGGCCUCCCACAAUACUGGGCCGGGCCAGCUGUCCACGAACUCGUCGACAACAUCAAACACAACCGCAUUAUCUGCAAAACCUCACUGGCAGUCUGCUCUAGCGCAUAUGCCGUAUCGUUCAACGCAGCACAGAAAAUACUCGCAGCGUUGUCUGUUUUACCCGAUGACGAGAGCAUGCCGCCUGGUCAGAGUGUCGUGUACGAUGUCAUGUUGGGGAGAUUAUGCGAGACCGGAUACUUGAGGUGUAUUUCGUCACAUCCUUCGCUUUUCGGGAACUGGAAGGGCGCGGGGUUACCCUCGAAGGGGUCGGAUAUCCAGUAUAAGUAUGAUGGACCGAGGGAGCAGAAGACGUUCGAGGGGGCGAGUUUCCAGGGGUUGGUUUAUAGUACUAUGUUUAAUUUGGGGGCUUUGCUGGAUGGGGAAAGGGUGGUGGUGUCCAAUGUUAAUGAUGUUAUGAAGCCGAAGUUGGAUCUGAAGAAGGUGAGGAGGAUUGAGGGGGGGUUACAUGUGUUGGAUUAUGAGGAGAUGGUGUUGAGUCGUGUAGGAUAG